CCAAUUAUAUUUAUCGUUGCUGCAGUGGUUCGGAAAAGCAGCAAAGAUGGCGGAUGAUUUUAGAACUGCAAGACCUAAAGAAUAUUUCAGAAACUUUCUGGAACAGGAAGUUCGACCCGAUGGCAGGGAACUGGGGGAAACACGUACAAUUGUAAUUAACAUUGGAUGCUUAUCAACUGCAAAUGGAUCAGCUUUGGUCAAAGUGGGAAAUACAACAGUAAUGUGUGGAAUCAAAGCUGAACUGGCAAAACCAAAAACAGAGGAACCUACACAUGGAUUCAUAGUGCCAAAUGUUGAGUUAUCUCCCAUGUGCUCCUCACAAUUUCGUCCUGGGCCUCCUGGAGAACAGGCACAAGUGCUGAGUCAGUUCAUGCUUGAAGUAAUUAAAAAUUCAAAUUGUAUAGAUGUUGAGAAAUUAUGUGUGAUAUCUGGAAGACUGGUAUGGACCUUGCACUGUGAUGUAGUGUGUGUGGAUUACGAUGGCAAUGUCACAGAUGCUUGUAUUUUAUCACUUUUGGCAGCUCUAAAUAACACAACCUUACCAGAAGUGAGCCUAAAUGAGGACACGGACAAAGUGGAGGCUUUCCCUGAUCGACCCACUGCACUAGUGUUGCAGUGUAGUCCAGUGUCCUCCACGUACGCUAUAUUUGAUGAUGAAAUCCUAUUUGUUGAUCCAACUGCUGAAGAGGAAAACUUAGCAACAGGGCAGCUUACUGUUGUCACAGCAAAUGGUAAACUCUGCAUGGUCCAUAAGCCUGGUGGUACCCCUCUUACAGAUGAACAGAUGUCCCUGUGUAUCAGACAAGCAUUCAGUCGGACUAGUGAGGUGUUAAGACUGGUAGAUGACACAAUAUCCAGUGUUGAGAGGUAGUGGAAAAUAAAGCAGCUUCAUACAAAUCAAAGAA